UAUCGCCCUUCCUCUUCGUUGUGCCGUUGCACCAUGGCUGCAAGCCCAUCGGUCCUUAUCCUCCACCCCCGCCUCACCCUCUUCGCCACCAGUCUCCGCCCUUUCUCCCUCAUCCACCACCAAUUCUCCCUCCGUCCUCCUACUCCAAGCCGCCUCCCUAUUCUCUUCGCUCGUAGUAGAAACCACUCCUCUUCCAUCUCUCCAUUACCUACUGCCACACCCUUGUCUACUGACGAUUCCAAAGAAACUCCUCACGCCGGCCGAUCUGGCUCUGUCUCUUCCCCUCCGUUUCAGGCCGCCGAUUACUCACAGAAAAUAGACGUUAAUCCUCCCAAAGGCACCAGAGAUUUCCCUCCAGAAGAAAUGCGCCUCCGCAAUUGGCUUUUCCAGAACUUCAGAGAGGUUUCACAAUUGUUUGGAUUUGAAGAGGUUGACUACCCGGUACUAGAAUCAGAGGCUCUUUAUAUUAGAAAAGCAGGGGAGGAAAUAAGAGACCAGCUUUACUGUUUUGAGGAUCGAGGAAAUCGCCGAGUGGCAUUGAGGCCUGAGCUUACUCCUUCUCUGGCUAGGCUUGUCAUGCAGAAAGGAAAAUCUGUACCCCUUCCAAUAAAAUGGUUUGCUGUUGGACAAUGCUGGCGAUAUGAGAGAAUGACCAGGGGACGUCGUCGUGAACACUAUCAAUGGAACAUGGAUAUAAUUGGUGUGCCUGAUGUAACCGGUGAAGCUGAGCUUAUCUCAUCUAUUGUUACAUUUUUCAAGCGAAUUGGGAUAACUGCGAGAGAUGUUGGGUUCAAGAUAUCUAGCAGAAAGGUUCUACAGGAAGUGCUUAGUUUCUAUUCGGUACCAGAAACUUCAUUUUCUAAAGCUUGCAUCAUCAUAGAUAAGAUGGGGAAAAUUCCCCUGGAGGAGAUCAAGAAAGAACUGAAUUCGGUUGAGUUAUCAACUGAGGCUGUUGAUGAGCUACUGCAAGUUCUUUCCAUGAAGUCUCUGACGGAGUUGGAAGAGAAACUUGGAGCUGCUGGGGAGGCGGUCAGCGAACUGAAACAACUAUUCUCACUUGCGGAAAAGUUUGGUUAUUCAGAAUGGAUCCAGUUUGAUGCUUCUGUUGUCCGGGGGCUAGCUUACUAUACUGGAAUUGUAUUUGAGGGAUUUGAUAGAGAAGGUAAGCUGCGUGCCAUUUGUGGUGGUGGGCGAUACGAUCGUUUGCUUUCUACUUUUGGGGGUGACGACAUUCCUGCCUGUGGCUUUGGGUUUGGUGAUGCUGUCAUUAUUGAACUGCUGAAGGAGAGAAAACUUUUACCGGAACUUCCUCUUGAAGUGGAGAACAUUGUGUGUUCACUGGAUCCUGAUCUUCAAGGUGCAGCUUCCUCAGUUGCUACUGUUCUUCGGGGAAAGGGUCAGUGUGUUGAUUUAGUUUUGGAAAACAAACCACUUAAAUGGGUGUUCAAGCGAGCAGCACGAAUAAAUGCACGCAGAUUGAUACUUGUAGGAAGCUCCGAGUGGCAAAGAGGUAUGGUUUCUGUCAAAAUCCUCUCAACUGGGGAACAAUACGAAGUUAACUUUGAUGAGUUAGGGUGACACCGAAUUUCCUACUAUGAGUCUCAUUUUUAGCAUUUAGAUCUUUCAUUUGUGUAAUUAUCUUGAUAAUUAUUUAUCCAUUGAGCACAACUAAAGUCAAAUCUUGUGUGUUGCUAAAAAUUUCUAAUAUAUGAAUCCAAUUUUUUUGCCAUA